ACUGACAAAUAGAAUUUGGAAAACGCUAGGUUAUGUUUGAUUAAAAAAGAAAAUAAAAUCAUUUAUCUAUGGAUUUUUGUUGAAAAUCGUCAAUGUUUUUAACUUUUACAGUAAUGUAUUAGUAGUAUUGUACUCAAAAAUGCGGUAAGGUACCCUUGGAUUUUUACUGAAUAGGCUAAUAAGAUUUUUAAGUUGAUGCUUUGAUACCGGCCAGGUCUUGCAAAAUAUGAGUAGGGGUGCAAAGGAUAUUGAGGCAGUCGCCCUUGUCAUCGACUGUGGUCUGAAGAGCUCCAAAGAUUCACAGUUUCUGGAAAAAUGUAAAGAAUGCGCUACAAACAUAAUAUUAAAAAAGAUCUUCAGCGAGAGCAAAGACGUGUUGAGUGUGAUUGUGUUGGGUUCGGAAGCCACCAGUCAUCCACUGGACAGCGACGGAGGCUACAGGCACAUAGAGGUGGUGCUUCCCUUCAUGGUGGCCUCCUGGGAUCUGGUGACCGCGGUGUCCGGCCUCUCCAUCAACCACAGAGUCACCAACAGCGACUGGUGUGACGCCCUCGUGGUCGCCAUGCAGUGUCUCAAGGAGAAGAUGGAUGACACCAAAAAUAUGAAGAAAGUCAAUCACAUUACGACGGCGAAAUUAGUGAUGUUGAGCUCAUUUAGCCAAGAUGUGGACGACUCAUGUAUGGACAGUGUCGUCUCAGCAAUCAUCAACACUGACAUGGAGGUCAUUUUCAUAGCUCCUGACGAGGUGGCUGAGAGAAUCGAGGAAGAUUCGACGGGCAAAACUCUGUCUCAUGGUGAAAAUGCUCUCAGAAAAGUGAUCGAAAAGGUCAGUCUGCUAAAACCAUGAAUUUAACUGCAAACUGUCAGCACCUCUUGUACAUAAUUAUUGGUUUUUAUGAGAGUGUUUACAUAUUGGUAGACUGAAAAUGUAUGAAAACUCCCAUAAAA